CGUUUACGUAUCCUGUCGCCAUCUGUUGAAUAAAAUUUAAAUUAUUUAUUUCAGCACGUGAUCGAUACAUGAUGAAAGUAUAGUGUUACCGAAAUCUAUCUAUAUCUGUAUACUUUAAUACGGUAUUGUGAAAUUAUGGAAGGUGACGUUUCUGCUAACGAAAUCGAUAUUAAUACUUUUAACCAUCCUGUGAGGAUAACUGUAACCAAUCCUCAGAAAAUUGGAUCUUUUAUUACUUCUUAUGUCACUUAUCGCAUCACUACUACAUCAAAUGUGAAUAAUAACCAAACCACUUCUGUGACUAGAAGAUUUAACGAUUUUAUGCUACUUUAUCAAAAAUUACAUUACAAAUAUGCUCACGUUGGACGUAUAAUCCCUCCUCCUCCAGAGAAAGAUUUUGGUGGUAUGUUAUCUGUUAUGAUCAAAAAUGAAGCCGAGAUAUCACGAAUGGAAUUUAUCGAAAUUCGAAGAGCAGCAUUAGAAAGAUUUCUAUUUCGUAUUGCAUCUCAUUUGGUAUUAAGAGAUGAUGUCUUCUUCAAGCUCUUCCUAUACUCCAAAACAAAUUACAAGAAAACAAUAAGAAAUAUUCAUAACAGAGAUAAUGUAGGACCAGCCAUCCAUGGACUUGGAAGAGGAUUCUUCCUAUCUGUAGUUGAUAAUGACGAUACUUGGUUCGAAAGAAAAGCUGAUCAUUUACAAACUUAUCAAGACAUGUUAAAGGUAUUUUCAGAAGCACUGCACGAAUUCGCUGUUAAAAAGAAAAAUAUAAGUGAAGCCAUAGGAUACCUAGCAAGAAGAGUCAGAGUGGUUAGCAGUUUAGAAGAAGAUCAGCAAUUUUCAAAUUUGUUGUAUAAAAUAGCGGAAGGUCAUAAAGAUUUACAAAGUGUCUAUGAGACUCAGUCAGAAAAGGAAUGCGUGAUGUUAUCUGAUGUCAUUAGAGAUUAUAUGAAGUUUACUAUUCAAGCUGUGGCAAUUUUUGACGUGAGGAUCAAAGCACGUAGAGAUAUCGAACAAAUAGAAAAAGACUUAGAACAUAAAAGACAGAGAGAAGUAGACAUCAUAAACAAUAAGAAAAGUACUGCUACAAUGAAUAAAUUCAGGAGUAUAAGAGAACAGGCUGAAGAACGUUUAGAAAGAUAUAUGCAAAUUUAUACAGAAAUUUCAAGAAAUGUAAUGGAAGAAGUUAAACACUUCGAACACCUAAGAGUGAUUGAACUGAAAGCCGCCAUUCGACAAUGGAUCUUCAAUUCCCAGAACACUCAUGAGCAGAUAAUAAAUAUAUUCAAGGACUAUUUAAGACAAGAAGAAGGCUCAAGUAAUGCUUCAGUAUAAUUAAUUAAUUAUAUUUUUAAAGCAUUCAUAUUUAAGAAAAGUAAUAAUUUUUUAAAGUUUAAUAAACUUUUAUAAUGAAUAUAUAAGUGUUUUGAAAGGGUUAUCAAAAGAUGGCGCCACACUUAUAACGUUACA